AAAGCUGACAGCAACGACAUGACAAAGGGACUAGCAGCAGGUUUCGGUGCCUUCAUAGGCAUGAUCGUGGUGAUAUUCAUCUUGUGGUGUUGCUGUUGUGUUGGUGAUGAUUCUUCUGACUCUUGCUGUUUGAAAAAGACGGUUGGCAGCGACAAAUGUAAAGUAGCACCGUCCCCUCCGCAGUCUGCAGCACCCAGAUCUCGUGCUUGCUGA